AUGAUCAAGUUCCUCAGUGUAGCGCUGGUGGUCAGCGCGUUGGUGUUCGCCGUCGAGGUUGAAGAGGAGGAAAAUGUCCUGGUCUUGACCAAGGUGAGUUAUUCUGGUUCUUUUUUGAAACAUUGUUCGAAUUUUAGGAUAACUUCAAAGAAGUCAUCGAACAACAUCCCAACGUACUGGUCGAGUUCUACGCCCCAUGGUGCGGUCACUGCAAGGCUCUGGCUCCAGAAUACGCCAAGGCAGCCACCCAACUCGCUGAGGAAGGAUCCGACAUCAAGUUGGGCAAAGUUGACGCCACUGUUCAUUCCGAACUCGCCUCAGCACAUGAAGUCCGCGGUUAUCCUACCCUCAAGUUCUUCCGCAACGGCAAACCCCAAGAAUACGGAGGUGGACGUGAUCAGGCCGCCAUCGUCAACUGGCUCAAGAAGAAGACUGGACCUCCAGCUAAGGAAAUCACCUCUGUUGAUGAGCUCACCGCCUUCAAGGAAUCCACCGAUGUUUUUGUCGUUGCCUACUACAAGUCUGCUGAGGAUGCCAAGAACUACUUGGAAGUCGCCGCUUCCCUCGAUGAUGUUCCAUUCGCCAUCAUUUAUGACGCUGAGGUUGCCAAGGCUGGUCUUGAGUUGAAGAAAGAUGGUGUUGUCCUCUUCAAGAAGUUCGAUGAUGGCCGUGUUGAUUACGAACAGGAAGUUGACGAAGCUGGAACCGCCCUCAAGUCCUGGAUCCAGGCCAACCGUCUCCCAUUGGUCUCUGAAUUCACUCAAGAAACCGCCUCCAUCAUCUUCGGAGGAGAGAUCAAGUCCCACAACUUGUUGUUCAUCUCCAAGGAAUCGGCCGACUUCGAGAAGAUCGAGACCGAAUUCAGAAACGCAGCCAAGGAAUUCAAGGGCAAGAUCCUGUUCGUCUACAUCAACACUGAUGUUGAGGACAACGCCAGAAUCAUGGAAUUCUUCGGCCUGAAGAGCGAUGACAUCCCUGCCGUCCGCCUCAUCUCCUUGGAGGAAGACAUGACCAAGUACAAGCCAGAAUUCACCGAGAUUACCACCGAAAACUUGGUCAAGUUCACUCAGACCUACCUCGACGGAAACCUGAAGCCUCAUCUGAUGUCCGAAGAUGUGCCAGAGAACUGGGACAAGGAGGGAGUCAAGGUUUUGGUUGGCAAGAACUUCAAUGAAGUCGCCCGUGACCAGUCCAAGAACGUUUUGGUCGAGUUCUACGCCCCAUGGUGCGGCCAUUGCAAGCAGUUGGCCCCGAUCUGGGAUCAGCUCGGAGAGAAGUACAAGGACCACGAGAACAUUGUCAUCGCCAAGAUGGACGCCACCACCAACGAGCUGGCUGAUGUGAAGGUCCAGUCAUUCCCCACCAUCAAGUUCUUCCCCGCCGGCUCCGACAAGAUUGUCGAUUACACUGGCGAAAGAACCCUGGAAGGUUUCUCCAAGUUCCUCGAGGCCGGCGGAAAGACCGAAACCACCGAAGAGAAGCCCGAAGAAGACGCCGAAGACGGACACACUGAACUCUAA